CAUCAUUAGACAGUUAAUCUCAUGUAAUAAAUUACACCUGAGUUUAUUAAGUAAUGCUUAUUGACAGCAACAGAUUACAAAAAUACUCGCUUAAUUAAAUAAGCUUUGCAAGAUAAUUAAGAAAACACAUUUGAAAUCAUUUGCAACACCAUUAAAGAAGUUCUAAAUUGGGAUCCAAUAAAAAACUUUCAUCCUCCAAUGGCCAAGUUAUAUGCUUUGAGAGUAAACUUAUAAUUCUAUUUUCAUAGUUGAGCAAAGACUUAAUUGAUAUUUUUAAUAUGAGAUUUGUAAAUCUGUUUGAAGCUCUAACACUAGAAUCAUUGAAAUAUUAUGCAGAGUAUGGAGGUCCAAAUACUGAUCCUAAUAGGGGAACAAACUUAUUUGGAGAAAACAUGGGUAAUAUACAAUAAUAAUUUUAGAAAAGGAUAUAAGAUAAAUUGGAAUGUCAUUAGUAAGAUUAGCCCUAGAAUGUAUUCAUGCUUGGGCUCAGUUUUUUCCUUCAACUCCUUUGGGAAGUCCAACUAAAUUUAUUCAAUUAUAUAACGAAAUCAAAAAUAAAGGAUAUUAGUUUCCUGCCUGGACUUACUAUAAAGAAGAUUUUGUUAUAUCUCAUAAAAGUGAAAAGUUUAGUAAUGUAGUUGAUCUUUUAAAUUCAUCAUAAUAAGAGUAACCAAUAAAAAUUGUAAAUAAUCCCUCCACCCAAAUUAAUCCUCCCAUAAGUCAAACUCCAGUUGGAUAAACUCCUGGUGAUCCAAAACUUAAUAUUGUACAAAAAUCAAAUUUGGUUAUAUAAAGAUGUCACGAUUUAAUAAAUGAAGUUGGAGAUAUUUGUUCUCAUAAUUUAAAUUGUGAUCCUAAAUUAUUUGAUAGAUUAAAGGAUGAAGCUAUAGCUAAAAAUUAAGAAAUGGAUAUAUUGGUUAAUGAACUUAUAGAUUAAGAUGAGGAGGAUUUAGCAGCAGAGGUCAUGUUAGAGAUGGAUAAUUUAUAAACCUUAGAAAAGGACUUAAAUGCACUUAAUCAGAAGACUAAUUAAGAAUUCAGAAAGAAAUACAUGAAAAAUAGGCCUGAUUAUGCAUUACAACAAUAUUAGAUUUAAUAAUAGUAAGAAUAAUAAAGGAGAUAAGCAGCUGAAUAAUAAGAGGCAGAACGAUUAGCAAGAAUAAAAUAAUAAGCGAUAUAAGAUGAAAAUGAAAAAGAAAGAUUAAAAUAGAUUAGAUAAAGAGAAUUAGAUUAAGAAAACCAAAGGAACCUAGAAAUUUUGAAAAAAUAGAAAGAAGAUGAAGAGCUUAAGGAAAAAUAGCGUUAGGAAUAAGAGAGAAAAAAAAAAGAAGAAGAAAAAGAAAAAGAAAAGUAAAUCUAAAUAUAGAAAUAAGAGGAUGAGAAGAAAAAAGAAAAAUAGGAGUAAGAGUUAAAAGAAAAGGAAGAAAGAGAGAGAAAAAUAAAGCAAGAAGAGGAAUAAAUGAAAUUAAAAAAAUUAUUAGAGGAGGAAAGAGAGAAAAAAAAAAAGGAAGAAGAGGAAUAAAUGAACUAAAAAAAAAAAUUAGAGGAGGAGGAAAAUUUAAGAAAGUAGAAAUAACAUGAGGAAGAACUUAAAAAAUAAAGAGAAUAUGAAGAAGAAUAAAAGAGAAUUAAUUAAGAAGAAAUAAAUAAAAAAUAAUAAUAAUAAGAAAAUUAAAUCGUAUUAAAUAACAGUGAUGAAAAAAAAGCUCUAGAAUUAAUUGGAGCUAAUAAAUUUUAGUAUUCUUAAAUUUAAUCUCAAGGAGGUGAUCAGCAAUAAUUCAAGACUUCUUAAUUUUAACAUCCUAUGGAUAGAUCUUAAGUUCAAAUGAAAAUUUAAAAACCAAUUAGUCAUUCUAGUUUAGGAUUGAAUCCUUAACCUUAAAUUAAAAAAAUAAAUGGUGAUUUAAGUGGAGCUCCUGAUUUAUUAUAAGAAAAUAAAUAAUAGAUGAAUUAAUUUGAAAAGAAAUAAUUGGAAAUUUUAUAAUAAUAAGUUGAAAAUUUAUAAAGAGAUAAGGGAUAAUUAUAAAAAUAAUUAGAAGAAGAAGAAAACAGAAAUAAAAAGUUAAAGGAAGAUGUAUAUUAAUUAAAUGGAGGUGGAAAUAGAAUAUCAGAAGAUUUAAAAAGUCUUUAAACAAAAUUUGAUUAACUUUAAUAAGAAAAAAUAUUAAUAUAGAAUUAACUUACAUCUACUCUAUAAUAAUUUAAUGAAUAUAAAAGUAAUUCUGAAAGAUUGAAAUAACAAUAAAAAGAUUAAAAUGAUUUAGAGCUAAAUAAUUAUAAAAUUGAAAGAUAAUAAUUAUUUUCAGAAAAAUAAGCAUUAUUAAGAUAAUUAGAUUAACUGAAGGCAUAAUCAACAAAUCAUGUUGAAAUUUAAGAUAAAUAAUUUUAAAAUGAAUAAGUGAUAGCCUAAUAAAAAAGAGAAAUUGAAAACUUAAAAUAAGAGAAAGAAAUUAUUCAAAAAAAUCUUUAAAAAGAAAUUGAUUUAAGUAAAAUCAAACUCAAUGAUUAAUAAAGUUUUUCAGAUACACUUAAUAAUUAAUUAAAUAUAUAUAAGACUUAAUUGGAAAAAAGUUAAAAAGAUUAUUUAAUUCUCUAAGAAAGUUAAAAAAGAUCAAAUGAUGAAUUAUUAUAAUAAGUAUUUGAGGCUAGAAGAGAAAAUUUAGCUACAAAAUAAUAAUUAAACUCAAUCCAAUUAUAAUAUAGUGAUAAAGAAGCAGAAUAUAAAUAAUUAUAAUAAAGUUAUUAAGCAGUCUAAAAAGAAAAUUAACAACUUAAGAAAAAUUUAGAAUCUGCAUAAUAAUAAAUAGAUUAAUUUAUCCAAAAGAAUAUGGACAAUAGAAGUUCAACCCUAUUAUAAUAAAAAUUGCAAUAGAAAUUAGAUGAAAUAGAUAAGUUAAAGGAAGAUCAUAAAAUUAUUUUGAAAGAAAAAGAUGAAUAUUAUAAAUAAAGAAUAGAUGAUCUUACAUAAGAUAGAUAAAAAUUAUAAAAAGAUGUUUUUGAAUUAUAAUAAUAGGCAUAAUAAAAUCAGUUGGCAACUAUUGAAGCAAUUUAAAAAUAGAAUUAGCUUUAAUUAAAGAUGCCACCUAAAAAUCAUUCAAAAUCUUAAGUUUCUGAAUUAGAAUCUAUUCAACAUUAAUAAAAUAAUUAACAAAUAGAGAUUUCUGAAGUUUAAGGAAAAGCAAAUAUUUCUAUUAAGGAAGUAAAUGCUGCCAUUGAUAAUAAUCCAAUAAUUUAAGUCUAAUGUCCUAUAGCUGUAUUUAAACAUUUUCCUAAAAAUAAAAAAUUCUAUCCUGAAUAAAUACCUUAAAAGUCAAAAAAUAUUAAUGCAGAAUGUUUAGAUUUAAUAUUCCCUUACAGUAGCCCAGAAGAUUACUUUAAUAAUAAACCAUAGAAAUAAAGAAAAGGAAAGGUAAUUCAAUCUAAUUAAAAUUUUGAUGAUAUUUCUCAUUUGAAUAAAGAUAAUUUAACCUUUUACAAACAACGAUGUUUAGGAUCUUAAGGAAUUUUAUAUGAAGAAUAUGGAUUAUAGUUUGGAUUAUUGUAUUCAACACAAGUUUCAUAGAAUAAAACCUAUUUUACUUAUGGUUUGUAUAUAUAAAAUACUUAGGGAGUGAAACAAGAUUUCACAGUUUAAUUUUUGGAAGUUGAAAGUAAAAAUUUAUAAUGAUAAUUUAUUUUAGAAUUUUAACAAUUUUGGGCUUCUCCCUAAGAAUUUAUAAAAACUUUAGAUGAAGAUUCUAAUGAUUUAAUAGAGAUAUUAAUAGGAUCAAAUAAAAUUCCUUAAUAAAUUUUGACAUUGUAGAUAUCCCAUUAUGAAACUCAUCCAUUCUAAAUUUAUAUUCCAAAUCAUAUUUGCUAAUAAAUAAUAUAUAGAGAGAUAAAGGUAAAUGAAUUUAAAAAUAAAUGGAAAUAAUAUAUAACUAAUUAAAUCAGAACCCCAUUGCUUAAUUUAAAUAAAGGAGUGAUGAAAGAUAUUUAUAAUUUCCAAAAGUAAAUACCAAAAAUAAUAAUAUUAAAUAACAAUAAAGUAAAUGAUUUUGAGUUGGGAAUAGAUGAAAUAAAAUUGGGAGGUUUAGGAUAUUUUUUAGAUAUUUAAUUCUUAAUAAAAGUAUAAAAAUAUUAUUAUAUAUUUUAGUUUGAAAUUUUACCUAAUGAUAAAAUAUGUAUUUAUUUAUCUUUUGAAUCUAAGUAUAAUACUAAAAGAUAAAUACUUGAACAAAUAUUAAAUGGAUAUGCCUUCAUAUUAGGUGAUGGUAAAAGCUUAUGA